AUGCAUGUUCUUAUCCGUACCGGCGAGCGACCCCUCGAAUUUGAGGCUUGGCCUGGGGGCCAAAUUUGGGGUAUCGAUUUCCUCGACCCUGAAGCGUUUACCUCACGGGCGCAGACAUCAGCCACCAUGCAGGUUCGCUUCGAGGGCAAUCGAGAUUCGUUCUCCCCGUUCAACUGGAGAGCCGUGACAGUGACUCGCCCGCAGGUGGGGGCGCUACUAGCAGCUACCCGAAAUUGGUGCGGGUAA